AUGUACAUCGCUCUCUACUACGUAGUCGCGCGCCUCCCUGACUCCCUUCGCGUCGUCAGGGACCACUUUCUCGCAGUCUGUCCCACCACCCUCACCGUCGACCUCCUCGAGAAGGCCCUCCUCGCAGCGGAGAAGAGCAUAGUCGCUGUAGGUGCUUCUCGUGGUGACCCUCGCACCCCCAUCUUUGAGGGGUUCUCUCCUUCAGACGGUGGUGGUGGUGGCAGCGGUGGUGGAGGAGGCAGCGGCGGAGGUGGAGGCGGCGGAGGUGGAGGCGGUGGAGGCGGCAGCGGAGGAGGCGGUGGUGGUGGAGGAGGUGGAGCUGGUCGGGGUGGUACCCAACAGCGUAGCGGCGGUGGUGGUGGCCAGCGCUCGCAGCGGCAGCAGCAGCAGCGCUCGCGGGACAUCCCUCCGCCUCAGCAGCUUCGUGAGUGGUACGCUGGGCGUCAGAGGGGUGGGGGUACUGGUCCCUGCACCUACGUUCUUCGUUCCAGCGACCGCGCGGCGAUCUUUGAUCUUGAUUUUGAUGCUAUCCUUGCUGCUAUGUAUGCUGUGGAUUAUAGUGAGGAGAAUGAGGGUUACCGGUGUUUCCAGCCCGACCCGGGCAUUGGUACUGCUGCGCUAGGUGCUUGUGAGGCUGCUGCUCUAGGUGCCAGUGCGUCUGUGCUCUCAGGUACUGGUGAGACUGCGCUCUCAGGUACUGCGUCGUCCUCGUCCUCCCUCACUUUCACACUUGACUCCGGGGCUUCUCGCUCCUUCUUUCGAGACCGCACUACCCUUACGCCGCUCGGCCGGCCGGUUGCGGUCUCCCUUGCUGACCCCUCUGGGGGUCUUGUCCUGUCUCACUUCUCCACUGUCCUCCCGUGUCCGGCUGCCCCUUCGGGCACCCUGUCUGGUCUGUACCUUCCGUCAUUCUCUACGAACUUGGUGAGUGGAGCGGACUUGCAGGAUGUGGGGGUUCACCAGUUCACUCCUGCGAGUCAGCGGGUGACCCACUGCACGGAGGCACGCACAGGCCGACACCUGGCCACGUUCUCGCGUCGGCCGGGGUCGAGUCUCUACACCCUGACCGUUGAGUCUCCUCCUGUCCCUGCGUCUGGUCAGGUGGCUGCGUCGGGUCAGGUGCUUGCUGCUGCGUCCCGGUCAGGUCCUGAGUCUGCCCCCUGUUCUUGUCGCCUCCUGUCUCACGAGACUCUCCUGUGGCACCACCGUCUUGGCCACCCCUCCUUGCCCCGUCUUCGGAGCAUGGCUUCCCGUGUCCUUGUCUCUGGUCUUCCCCAGUCUCUCCCUCCUCUCCCCUCCGGGCCAGGACCUUCCUGUGUCCCCUGUGUCGAGGGUCGCCUCCGGGCUACUCCUCACUCCUCCCACUCCCCCCCGACAGAGGCUCCCCUGCAGACGCUUCACAUGGAUGUGUGGGGCCCAGCCCCCGUCCGUGGGCAGGGUUACGAGCGCUACUUCCUGUUGGUGGUUGACGACUACUCGCCUUGCGCAGCAAGGGUGCGGUCACUGAGGUGCUGA